GACAGCGCGACUGAUCCAUUGCAACAGAGAUUCUCUGACAACCGAAAGAGCAGCAACUUCAAGGAGCGUAACACAUUGUGAAUAAAUUGAGAGUUUGCAUCUGAGGGAACGAGAGGAUUGAAGACAGAGACUUAGAAAGUCAAGGAGGGAGAGAGAAAGACUUUCGUUGUUCUUCUCUGCUCCACUUACCCUGACCCUUCUCCCUCUUCCUCACUCCCCCUCCCCCCCUGUCCUCGUCUCACCUGAGAUGGACCGGCUGCUGGCCCUGGUCUACCUGGUCUACCUGGUGUACCUGUCGACUGCAGUGAUUGGCUCAGAGAAGAAGAAGCACCGGGUGCAGCAUGGACCCUGCAGUUACACCUUCACUCCCGAGGUGGAACACUGCCAGCCCCUCAAAGACUUCCAGGUCACCAACUCCCUCCAGAGGGACUCCCCACCACCGCCAUCCCCAGACCCAGGAUCGAGUCACCCUGAGCAGGACAAAGCCCAGCCCGCUAGGUCCUCAUGGCAGGAGAGGAAGAUGGAGAGACUGGAGAGCUCCACAGAGAAUAAUACACAAUGGUUGCAGAAGCUGGAGAGGUCCAUCCAGGAGAACCUGCGUUCUGGGAUGGAGGAGAUGAAGACAAACGCUGUUCACACCCAGACGGCGGCCAUGUUGGAGAUCGGGACUAAACUCUUCAGCCAAUCAGCCGAGCAGACCCGCAAAUUGAUAGAUGUGGAGACCCAGGUGCUGAACCAGACCAGUAGAAUGGAGAUUCAGCUGUUAGAGUAUUCUCUGUUCACUAACCGUCUAGAGAAACACGUCCUCCAGCAGAAUCAGGAGAUCUCACGACUCAACGAUAAAAGCAGUUUGAUAGAGCAGAGGUUCUCAGCUUUAGAGGCCAGGCACGUUGAGGAGCUCCAGGGUCUUCAGAGGGAGAGACAGCAGCUGCAGGACAUGCUGGAGAGACAGAGGCGCCUGGUCACCCAGCUACAUGGAGAGCUGGGGACCUCCACACACACCAGCACACGACUGCAGAAACAGCAGGGUAUACUGACUGACACAGUGGAGCAGCUGCUCGCCAUGGUCACCCACUGCAACGAAAUACCCACUACACCCAAAGAGGAGCCAGUGAUCUACAGAAACUGUGCUGAAAUCUUCCGAUCUGGGCUCACAGAGAAUGGUGUCCACAGCAUACGACCCCCGAACUCUACCCGCACAGUGAAGGUGUUCUGUGAUAUGAAGACGAGAGGUGGAGGCUGGACCGUGCUGCAGCAUCGUAGAGAUGGAGCCUUGGAUUUCCACCGUGGAUGGAGGGAUUACCAGAUGGGUUUCGGGGAUCCCUCUGGAGAGUACUGGGCAGGAAAUGACCUCAUCCAUCUGCUGACCAGCUCCCAGGAGUACAGUCUCCAGGUGCAGCUGAAGGAUGACGAGGGGAACGAGGCCUACUCCCACUACGAUCACUUCUAUAUAGACGCAGAGGACAAAAACUACAGUCUCCAUGCCCAGGGGUUCAGUGGUACUGCUGGUCGCACCAGUAGUCUGACCCAGCAUGGGACCCAGUUCAGCACCAAGGACCGAGACAACGACCGCUGCUCCUGCAAGUGUGCUCAGAUGUCUUCUGGAGGUUGGUGGUUUGAGGCAUGUGGUCCCUCCAACCUGAAUGGUAUCUACUACGCUGGCGUCUCCAACGUGGUCCAUUACAACGGCAUCAAGUGGUACUACUGGAAGGGCGCCAGCCUCAUGGCGACCAUGACAACCAUGAUGGUUCGACCCGCAGGCUUCUGAGGGAUAACAGCUGCGACAGCUGAUGAUUUCAAAGGGGAAGCGACUGAUGACAUCACCCUGACUGACUAAAUUACUGACAGAUGAGCGAAUAAGGAAGUUUGACAGACAUUUGGAAUACGAUAUUUUUUCUCCAAAAAUGUAUUCUGUUGGCCUCCCGAGUGGUGCAGUGGUCUAAGGCACUGCAUCGCAGUGCUAGCCGUGCCACUAGAGAUUCUGGGGUCGAGUCCAGUCUCUGUCGCAGCC